AUGCAGAAGGAAGAGCGGAAAUGGGCGUUUGAUUUGUCCAAGGACAAGUACCAGACGAGGCGAGAAGUGAGCCUCUCCACUUCCUCAUCGACAUCAUCUUCGGGACAAAUCAUCGCCCCCCUGGGCUACAGAGGCGAUGUGCAAGUCUCGAGCGAGGCGGGCAGCCGCACUGGCGCAGGCAAGGGCAAUGCCCCUGCCACGCCCAACAUGAAGGAGCUUCUCAAGAAGAAAGCGUGGGAGGCGGCCUAUGCGCCUGGACGCAGCAUCUUCAUGACCCUGUUCAUGAUGUGGAUGACCGGCAGCGGCGUUAACAUCUUCAACAUCAUGAUCACCCUCUACACCGUUGCGAACCCGCUGAAGGCGAUCGUGUCCGUGCGAUCCGAGUUUGCGCGCUUCGCUGAGUUGGGCAGCGAGCUGUUGCUGCCCCAGCUCGUCUUCGUUGCGAUCAAUCUCCUCACUUUCGGCCUGGGCGCCUACAAGGCCUACAACCUGGGUUUGCUGCCGACCGAUGCCGAUUGGGCUAUGGGCCUCAGCCCCAAGCAGGUGUUGGACUUCUCGGGAGGUGGCUUCACCUACUAG